AUGAACUCUCAGCAUCAGAUCGAUCGCUCAAGCAGUCAAUCAGUACCAAUCGUAACCACUGAAUCAGCAUCAACAUUGCGGAUAUUGAACAAGAGAAGAAAACAAAAGAAACGAUGCCAUGGAAAUCGUAAGUUACGACGUUUUAAAAAGAAAUGUCGUCGACGUGGCAUGACUGAUGACACAAUCAAAGUAUUGAUUGAUCAGUAUAAUCAUACAAGACGAGGAAAUCCAUCCAUGCCGGUAUCAACCAGUAUCAAUGACCAAAUGGAUACUGUUGCUACGACUGAAACUGUAGAAACAAGAAGAAAAUCAAAGAAACGUAAACGAAUGACAGCUUCGGAAAGUUCACGAUCGAUUUCACGACAGUCACGAAAAAAAUCCAAGAAGAAACAUGUGCAAAUCAAUCCUGUACCCUCCGGAGUCAAUGAUCGACCACCAAAAUACUUGAAAAAAAUGCCAAAUCUACUUUUUCAAGCGUUACGUUUACAUAUCAAUCAUAAAUUGAAUAAAAAAUAUCAACAACAAUUUAUUCAUCCUCGACUUCGAUUGUUCGAUCGACAAUAUCGUCUGGAACUUCAUCGUCACUUGUGGGAGUCAUAUUCAACUCUAGGAUCGAUGCAUCGCUUAUGGACAGUAAGUGAUCGAAGAACAUUUUAUGUGUGA